UUUGCGCCGAACGCAACGUAAACGCAAGAAAAUUCACCGGCUAGCGAAGCGUGCUGCUGCAACCAGCAAACCGACGAGCGUGCAUUAAUCAGACAAAAAGAAAAAUUAUCGUACUAAAUGCGAAAAAGUCAAGUAAAUUUGUGUCGAGUUGGAAAAGUGUAAAUGUCAGGCAGCAUUUAAAGGGAAAAGAAGAGGUGAAGCAAAUCGUUUGCGGGUGCCUAUAAAUACACAUAACAGUACAUGCAGGCAUAUUUACAGCAGCAAUAUCUGCUUAAGAAUUGUGUGAAAUAUUGAAACAUAAAAUCGAUUUCGAUUACUAAUACAAUUUUCGAUUAGGAAAAUACCACGAAAAAGGUUUUUAAAAAAUUCUAAAAAAAAAAAUUAAAAUUUUUUAAAAAAAUAUAAAAUUAAAAUAUCUGAAAAAAAUUCAAAAAAAUAUUAUUUUAAAAAUCAUUUCAUUUUACGUACAAUUAUUGAGUAUUAAGCGUACUAAUGUUUGUGCCGUCGAAUUAUAUUUUUUACUAAACUACAUUACUGAGUGUUGAAAAAUCCUACGAAAUUGUGUAAUUUGAAAUGUGACUCUUAUAAGUGUUGGUGUGUGCGUGUUUAAUAUCAACAAAUUCGAAAACAACAACAAAACUUGACGACAAAUCUAAUUUGUGGUGUUUGCGCCAACCAAUUGCCAUACAAUCAGAGUUUUGAAAAAGCAAUUACGAAUUCUUUCCGACGACAACAAAAACGUUUAAAAGAUUUUUUACCAAAAUUUUUUUACCAAACAACGAAAAGGACGUUAUUUGAAAUUCCAUAACAAAGAAACCCGAAAAUAGACUCGAAGUCGACUUUGAUUAAUUGCUAAACGAAAGUUAAACUCACUAACCUUGACUCCACUGACUUUGACCGCAGACAGUUCCACGCGCGCGCCCGCUCCUUUUUGAUACAAAAUGAGUAUUAUCGAUAGCGGACGUUAUCGGCUGCGCAAAGAUUGGGCCAGCGCCUCCAUACCGUCAUUGGUCGACAUCGAUGAGCAUGUGAGUGAUGAGGUAGAGAAUUCGCUGAAUAUUACCACACCGUUGCCGCCACCAAAGCCGCCACGUCGCAGCUCAUUGGCCUUGGGUUUGUUCUCAAGCAAAGGCGAUAAGAGUCAGAAGCGACGCAGCUCGAUUGCAGUUUUUUUACGACGCGACAGUAAUAAGAAUACAACCAAAGAUUCAUAUGAAUCAGCUGUGAAACACGAAAAAAGCGAUGGCUCAAACACACCCGCUAGUCCGGAAAUUUCCUUCAGCUCAGCGGAUCAUGUGCGUGCCUCAUCGCCCAAUGAACCGGGCAAAGUAACCUAUUUCGAUGAUGGCUCUAGCCUAAGACCCAUUGUGAAGGGUAUAAAUAAUAUUUACGAUUCGCCCGUAGACAAAGAGCGUAAUCGUCGACGACGCAGUUCACUUCAAGCCAAAUUAGAGCGCCAUCGUCGCAAGAAUAACGACAUCAGUCAAUUGAGCAUAGACAACAGCCUGCCAAGCGGCUCACAAAGCGAUUUGACCAAUGGCAGUAUGGGCGGCAGCGCCAUCGGCGCAUCGUCGGGUGAUCUAUCUGGCGGUGAUAUCGAUCCGCAUCAUUCGGCAUAUUUUCCGCGUCAGAAACGUCAUUCGUGGUGGAAUAUUUUCGUGCCAGACAAUUUGAAGACCAGGUCACGUAGGGCUAGUCAAGAUGUAUCGCUUUUGUCACGCAGCGUUGACAAUUUAGCCGUGCCAGUGCGUCGGAGCAAAUCACGCAGCGUUGAUCACGGCCUAGCUGCGCCAUUCGAUUUGGACUCACUGCGCUCGAAAGUAGAGGGACGCUUUGAGAGCGUUGAUCGAUUGACAAAUGAACGCAAAAAGUCUUCGCUGCCCACCAUACCGACCAAAUCGUAUACGGUGGGUAAUCGUGAUACCUUGACCUCGGUGGCCGCACGUUUCGAUACAACACCCUCAGAGUUGACACAUCUCAACCGUUUGAACAGUUCAUUCAUCUAUCCGGGCCAACAGUUGCUGGUGCCAGAUAAGAGUGCGGCCAAGAAUGAUUCGGUCAGUGGCAGUGCGACUGGCAUCGAUGAGAAGGGCUCCGACGCCAGCAUAUCGGGCAAAUCGAGCCCUAUUGAUCGCAAACUAUCAACCACCGAUGAGCAGAAUGAUGAAAAUGAUAUACUAGAAGGUCUCCGCCCUGGUUCACCUAAGCCGGGUCAUAUAGAACGUGUCGAUUCUGCCAAGAGCACCGACAAUGCACAAGCCGAAGCAAAUAAGAGUGACGAUCCCGUCAUCACACAACGUUUCCUCAAAAUCAAUGUACGCCAUAUCACCGAUGGACAAGGUGUCGUGGGUGGUGUCCUUUUGGUCACACCCAACGCUGUUAUGUUCGAUCCGAACGUCUCCGAUCCGUUAGUUAUUGAACAUGGACCCGAGAGUUACGGUGUAAUUGCACCUAUGGAAUUGGUCGUGAAUGCGGCCAUCUUUCACGAUAUAGCGCAUAUGCGUGUGUCGGGCGGUGUAAAUACCGAACAAAAUGAAAAUGCCGAAAUCUACUAUCCACAAGCAGUAUUAGAAGCGAAACAGGCUAAAGAGGCCAAAGAGAGGGGGGAUGAAUGUGUUGACGGUGCGCGCAAGCAAAGCGCUACAGGUGGUUCCAUGGAGACAUGUGACGAUCAGGAGUCGCUAUGCUCCAACACGGGCGAACGUGAGCAAAAAGACGCAGAGAAGGGUGUAGAAGCCAAAGAAGAAUGUGCUAAGACUGAUGAUGAGGUCAACACGAAAGCCAACAAAACCGACGACGAUGCUGAUGCUAAUGAUUUGAAGAAAACACUUAACCUUACCGAUUCACGCACCACACUGGAGGAGCGACGCAAAAGUCUAUUGGAUCACCAUUGGGCCAUACCGAGCAAAGAUCGCCUCUAUUAUCUUAAUUCCCGAAGAUCAUCGGAAGACGAAGGCGACAACGAAUCGCAAACCACCAUUGAUAGCGGUGCCCGUGGGCAGGAUCCACAUUCGGCCACCUCCUCCAUCAGCGGCAUUGGUGCGGCUAGUGGCGCUUUACAUUUACCUGGCGGUCUGGCACCCGCCGAUCUCGAACACCUGGAGGAGCUAGCAAAGCAAUCGUGCUAUGACUCGGGCAUCGACAUACGUGAACCCAUAGCGAAUUUGCAGCCCAUACCAAAGAAGACCGUAUACAGUGAUGCCGAUAUUGUGCUGAGCUCCGAUUGGGUGCCACCGAAGACCAUCUCGCCGACACUGAUGAGCGAAUCGCCGCCGCGCAGCUCAGUGCUGAGCGCACAAAGCCUUGACGCGGGCACGGCUGGCGGGCGCAAAAAGACCACUAGCGUCAGCUUCAGUGUGGACGAUAACAAUAGCGAGCAACAGGCUGCAGCGGCGGUUGCGGCAUCGGCGGCAGCUGCAGCCGCACAGGGUGACAAGAAUACUGAGAAGAAGAAUAAAAUGUUGAAACGCUUAUCAUAUCCUUUGGCUUGGGUGGAAGGCCUAACUGGCGAAGCAGGAGGCCCUCCGGGCACUGGUGGCAGCAUCGGCAAGUCGGCGGACUCUGAGUCGGCGCCCAACACGGGCGAUUCGAAUCAGAGCGUAUUUUCGAAAGUAUUUUCAAGACGCUCAUCGAUUGGUACAUUUAUGCGUCCACAAUCGUCGGAGGGCACCGCUUCCACAACGAAAUUGAAGGACGUGAAACAGCAACCGAAAUUGGACUACCGUUCGAUGGUAUCAGUUGAUGACAAACCGGAAUUAUUCAUUAGCGUUGAUAAAUUGAUACCACGACCGGCACGCGCCUGCCCGGACCCACCAUUGUACUUACGCCUGCGCAUGGGCAAGCCCAUUGGCAAGGCAAUACCGCUGCCGACUUCUGUUAUGUCGUAUGGCAAAAAUAAAUUGAGACCUGAAUACUGGUUUAGUGUACCUAAAAAUCGCGUUGAUGAAUUGUAUCGCUUCAUAAACACCUGGGUGCAACACCUGUACGGUGAAUUGAAUGAGGAGCAAAUCAAAGCGCGUGGCUUCGAACUCAUCCAAGAUGAUACCGAGUGGACGAAGAGCGGCACCGGCAAGAGCGGACGUAGCGGCAGCCAAGAGAACGAGGAGAUCAGUGACUUGACACGAGAGUCGUGGGAGCUUAUUAAGGCGCCCUUCGCCAAGACCUACAGCAUUAUAAAAACGGCAAAGCAUGCCGCAUCGCAUGAGAUGGAUUUGUUGAGCGGCGAGGUGUUGUCUAUGAGUACAGAUGAUUAUCGCAAGGCUUCAUUGUUUGCAACCGGUUCCUUUGACUUGGACUUUCCCAUACCAGAUUUAAUUGGCACAACAGAAAUUCUCACAGAAGAGCAUCGUGAAAAACUUUGUGGACACCUACCCGCACGCGCCGAAGGCUAUUCGUGGUCAUUGAUAUUCAGCACCUCCCAGCAUGGCUUCUCGCUGAAUUCGCUCUACCGAAAGAUGCAGAAACUCGAAAGUCCCAUACUAAUUGUCAUACAAGAUACAGAUAAUAAUGUUUUUGGCGCCUUAACGUCCUGCUCCCUGCACGUGUCCGAUCACUUCUACGGCACCGGCGAAUCGCUAUUAUACAAAUUUAAUCCCAGCUUUAAAGUGUUCCAUUGGACCGGCGAGAAUUUAUAUUUCAUUAAGGGCAAUAUGGAGAGCUUGUCGAUCGGUGCUGGAGACGGUCGCUUUGGUCUAUGGCUGGAUGGUGACCUCAACCAAGGGCGAUCACAAUCCUGCAGCACAUACGGCAAUGAGCCACUAGCACCGCAAGAAGACUUCGUUAUCAAAACACUCGAAUGCUGGGCAUUUGUUUAAGAUUUUUUAGUGACAGUAUACAAAAAAUUAUUACUAAAACUAAACUAUUUUGUAAUUAGUGGAGAAAAGAAUACUAUCAAAGAAAACAAGAGAGCAAACAUAUUUAACUUUGUGUAACAACCAAUUUAGGAAGAACAACAAAUGCAAGCGAAGCGAGACUUCUCAAAGCCCCGUAAAGUUGAAGUGUUGAAAACAACAACAACAAGAAAGUGGUGGCGCGACCAGCGGCAACCUGUGUUACGCUGCGACGAAAGCAGAAACAACACGUCUGCAACAAUAAGAGCUAAAACAAAAGCAAAGUAAAUUUAUAAUUAAAAACAUAUUAAAUUAAGUUAAUCAUAUUAUAAAAAUUAAACAUUAAGCGCUAUUAAGCAAAUCAUUUAGAACGAAAGGCAAGAAUUGUUAUUAUUAUUUUUAUACAUACGGCUGAUGAAUAUUCAUGCGCGCGCAGCACAUUUUGAAAACACACAUGCAACUCGACGUCAAAUGUCAGUCUGAAAAGUGUCAUUUGAGUAAAAAAAAAAAAACAACACAAAAAACAGCAAAUGCGCCAGAGUAGUGAAACAGGCAUAUAAACUACACACACAUAUAUAUUUACAUACAUACAACCAUUAGCGCUAAGCAUGAUUUCGUGCGAAUGCUCUACAUACACACUCACACAAAUGCUGUGUCAUUGCUUUAUUUAAGUUAUUAUGUAAUAAUGCUACAACAAAAAUGUAAAAGUCGACUUUUCGAAAGGCACUUAAGUUGCAACAUUUCGUGAGAAAGCCUCCUGAAAGUAACUAAACUGCGUGACAAAGCUAGUCAGAAACUAUUUCACUAGCACAGCAUAUGGUUUAGCGCUACUUUUGGAGGCAGCAGCUCCUAGUUCAAUUAUUCAUUAGAAAAGUACGGCUAUUUAAUUAAAAAAUGUAUUUAAACGUAAUAUUGUUGCAUACUUUGUAGCGCAGUAGAUUUUGUAGAAUUGUGCGUUCAAAAAUAGUAAUUGAAAAAAAAAAAGAAACUUUGUGGAAUAAAAGUGGGAAAAGCGCCUAUAAAAAAUGGCUUAUUACGAAACAAAAACAACUUUUUCUCUUAUUUUAUAUUAGCAUAAUGAUUGAGUAAAUUGAGGUAAAAAAAUUGCUGGGUUUUGAAAGGUAUACAAAACAUAAAAUGUUACAGUUAGUACCGUAAAAAAUCAGUAAUAUGCAUAUAUUAAUUUGAUAGAAAUAUAUGUAUUUAUUAUGGUUAAAAAAAGUAGUUAUCUAACUUAACGUAACUUAAUGUGACAUAACGUGACGUGACUUGGCGUAACGUAAACAAAAAUUAUCGUAACGUAACGCAACCUAAUGUGACAUAAUGUAAUGUAACGGCGUAACGUAACCUACCGUAACGUAAAUAAUUUAGCAAUUGUAAAAAUUUAAAGUUAUAAAUUUAUUUAAAAAUGCUUACAUACAAACAUAUGUGUUGCAUUUACAACAUCGCCCAUCAUGCUGUUGCUUUCGUGUCACAGGCCAUAUGCUAUAAAUAUACCAACAAAUAUACACACCUACAAAACAUUUAUCGCCACCAACCACACCACUUUUGUAGCGCUUUGAGAAGCAAGCACUGGCUUAAUGCCUUGAUUUUUGUUGACAAUUUAAGAAUUUCAUAAAUUUCAUUUUAAAUGUUGUAAUAGCAAAAAAAAAUUAUUUUUAAUUGAAAAAAAAAUGAAAAAUAUAUACACACACAUAAAUAUUGUGAGCUAGCUAGCUGUUAAAAACGCAUUGAUUGCGUCAUAAUUACACUUAAGUUUUUAAUAGAAUGAGUAAUUUACACUUAAUUAAAUAAUUAAACUAAUUCUUAUUAUUAUGACCAUAACUGUAGCGUUUAUUUUAUUGUUAUUAACGUGCAACUAUUGAGCAUUGAAGUCGCGUAUUUUUGUUUGUUUAUUUUUUAAUUCAGAAAACUAAUUUAUAGUGCUUUAACAGGAUGGUAAUUUUUCAUGCAUAAUUGUUCUAAAGUAAUUGAAAAUAUUAACUUUAAAAUUAUGAAUAUUUUAAUAUAAUUAUAUAAAAAAAAAGUGUUGAAAACAAACAAAUAAAACGCUAAAAGCAAAUCAAGUGUUUAUACAUACAUAUAUACAUAAAUAUGUGGCAAUUAUUAUGUGAACGAGCGUAGAGAAAAUUUUCAAAAAUACAUUAUUUACAAACAAAAACAAUUACAAACAAAUAAA